GCCGAUUCUUGACCUUUUGGGCGAAAAUCCCGACGUUAAUGAAGACAACGCGUUAAUUUAUUUGGGGCUAAUUGAAAAAAAAGUAUCGAGUUUGAUCACCACAGCCUACUUUAAGGAAAAAUCGCUUUUAAAGAAGAAAGCUCGCACUUAAUCCGAUAGUUUCUGGCCAAUUGUCAUUUUUGUCAUUUUUGUUAAUCACGUUUUUUUUUGUACCAUGUCUUCCGGCUACAAAAUGCGCAAACUUUCAGACGAAGAUAAGUACCAACAACAGCAAAAACAGCUGGAACGCGAGUUGGUUUCGCUACGUCGAGAGUUUGCCACCUUAGAACGCGACAGUUCGCAAUUCAACAGCUUGAAAAAACUAAAAAAGUACACGAAAGUGUUCAACAUUUUUAAGAAUGAGUACGAGAACAUUGUCACGAAUUUGGAAGUGGCCGCAGCACCUGGUUACGAACGCAGGGACAAAAUCAUGUACGAGGAAUUAUCCCAGCGUUUGCACGACUACAACUGCUAUCACGACGGUGAAAUCCUCAAAAAAACUCAAAUGAAGGAGCUGGAAGGCCAGAUUCGGAACGUGUCAAAAGCGGUCCAGUGUUUGCGGAACCAACAAAUCACUGAUCGGCAAUUCGAAGAACGAGUCCACAACGCUCGCCAAACUUUGGAAACUUUGGAGAACAAACUUGAAACACAAAUGACCACGUUUAACCUAAUAGUGGCCAAAAAUGGGAAAUUGAGGGAAGAGAUCGACCAUCUCCUGUGGGACAGACGCAACUUUUUGACCAUCUGGAACCGAUUUAUCAGAAAGUUGAACACUGGUAAGAGAAUUUUGAUCGACUUGAUCGAGCAAGCGACCAUUGCCUACGACCAGAGGGAGGAAUGGUGCAACAAACUGCAGUUGUUGCGAAGUAGUGCCCAUCGGGACCUUUUGGCAAACAUUGACCAGAUGAGAAGUUUGAAGCAAAAAGUGGACAAUGCCAAAAAACUCGAAGAGUUUUUCACCACAAAAGGCCAAAAGCGAGUCAUGAAAGACCUGAUGAAGAAGGAGAGAGAAAAACGGGAAGAGCGCAAAAAGAAGCUUGGAACAAAAUUGCAACAUUAUGAGAGUCUAAUGAACGAAAUAUUGGAUUUUUCCCAACAUGCUGAAAUCAAGGACAUUGCCCGGAAGUACUACAACCGGGAGGCCCAGAACUUUAGCGCAUUUAAAUUCAUCGCAGACACGAUCAACAACAUGGAAAUGAUCAACGACCAGCUUGGUAUUUUGCACUUGGAAAUCGAUGAGUUGAAAGCUGUGCACGAUCUGAGGGCCGAAACCCAGCACGAGACAAUCGAUAAUUUGGAAACAGACCUGGUUCAGGCGAGUGAAGAGACGAAAAACGCACAACAAGACUUGGAAGAUUUAAACUUGCAUUUAAAAUCCGUGAUGCAAGGAGUCACCGAACUGUUCAGAAUGUGCAAAUGUGACAAAGAUCCGCUUUUGAAGCUUUUGGGUGACAAUGCCACCAUUCACGAAUACAACGUUUUGCUUUUUCUACAACUUCUGGAGAAGACGAUUCAGAUCUAUCUCAUCACAGCUGGUUACAAAGAUAAAGUUCAGGCUGAGAAACGGUCGUCAGGGAAGGCAAAAAUUUUGGCUACGGUUGACACCACCACGUUUAUUUACCCAAUUGAGAGGAUUGUGAGAGCUGAUCCUUGCUCUUUGUGUAUUGAGCAUGAGAUGGUUUCUGAUGUUAUCGAUGUUGUACAACGUCCUUGGACUAGGAAAGAAGCCAAAGAAAUGCUUCAACAACGGUUGGAUUUGCCAGGUGCUUCAACCAAAUUGCACACGGUUUCCAAGUGCUUUUUACCGCAAGCUCGACACAUCAAGCAAAAGAAAUACUGUUAUUGUCAAACCAAGAAGAUCAUUGCCGCAGUUGAAACCCACCUCAAACUUUUCCUCACUAAAGAAUUGUCUCAGCACCAAACAAACGUCAGUUAUUAUUUUACUUCCACAUUUUACAAACAUAUUUUUGUGCUUAAAAUGUAUCGAAAAAAAGUUUCUGAUGACGAAAAAAACUUCCAAAACCAACUACACCUCGAAAAAGAAUUAAACGCCUUGACACGCCAGUAUCUAGUUCUAGACCGGGAUUGUACCCAUAGUCAAUUUUCUAAAGGCAGUUCUUUAAUCAAAGGCGACAAGGUGAUUGCAAUUUUCCAAAAGGAGCAUGUGAACGUUCUGACUGACUUAAUGAGGGCUGCAGCCCCUGGUCGCGAGAAAGAAGACGAAAAACUCUUCGACGAAUUAUCCAAACUCAUGUACGAAAACCGCUUUUACGCCGACCAAGUCGAUAAACACAAAAUCUAUUUACGAGAAAUUGAAGGCGAGAUAAAAAUCUUCCAAAAAUCGGUUCACCAACUUCGCGAACAGCAAACCAGCGACAAACAGUGCGAAGAACGCGUCUGGCAUGCCAUGAAAACAGUCGAGGCUUUGGAAAACAAACUAGAAACGCAAAUGAAACAAUUCGGCACACUUUGCAGCAAAAACAAGGAAUUGAGAUACGAAAUCGACCACUUACUGUGGCAAAGACGCAUUUUUCUAAACCAAUGGCAAGGCCUCAUUGACAAAUUAUCAGACGGUAAAAAAAUAAUGCUGGAUUUGAUCGAACAAGCAACGAUUGCCUACAACCAGAGGGAAGAGUGGUGCAACAAGUUGCAGAUUUUGCGCACCAAGGCACACCACGAUUUGCGCAACAACAUCCAAGAAAUGCGCGAAAUCAGGCAAAAAUACGACCAAAGUAUGAAACUUCGCGACUUUUUCGAGACCAAAGGCCAGCGUCGAGUCAUGAAAGACCUGGCGGCCAAAGAACGGGAAAAGCGGCGGCGCAUGUACGAAAUCCUCGAGGAAAAAGUCACCAAAUACCACAACAUGUUGACCAACAUCCAGAAUUUUUGCCGCGAGAAAAACCUCAAAAACAUUGCGGAAAAAUUCGCAAAACAGGAAGAGUUCAAUUUAUCCAAAUUCAAGUUCGUUAUUGAAAGGAUCCAAGAAAUGGAGUCGGUGAAUGAUAGACUGGGCUUCCUGUAUCUGGAAAUCGACGAAGGUUUUGCCCUUCAUUCCGAACGUGACGAACAACAAAAAAAUAAGUUAUUGGAACUUGAAACCAGCUUGGAGGAAAUGCAAACUGCGGCUCAAGAAUCCCAAGAGAAGUUGGACGAGACUGACAGUUUUUUCCAAUCACUUUUGCAAGGAAUUUCGGGUCUUUUUCAGUUGUGCAAGUGUGUGAAGGACCCGCUGUUUCGCCUCCUGGGGGACAAUACCACCGUCCAGUUCUACAACGUUCAGCUCUACACCCAGAUUUUGGAAACACGGGUGCAGGAGAUGCUGAUCAUUGCUGGUUAUAGGGACAAGAACAGGAAGCCGGGCGAUAGGAAAAAAAUCAUCGAUGAUCGAAAUUACAAUAAUAAAAUUUAUGAUAUCGAUCAGAUUGUUCAAACUACGCCGUGUUCUUUAUGUGUUGAACAUGAGAUGGUGUCGGAUGUUAUGGACGUGUUACAACAUGUGUUGUCACGUGAUGAAGCUAAGGCGAAACUUUGUGAAAGACUGCAAUUGCCUGGGGGGACAGUGAGGCUUCAUACGAUUUCGCAUUGUCAGUUGCCCAAAGCCAGGGAACUUAUUCAGAGAAGAUACGAAUAGUUUUAUUUUUUUACUGUAUAUUAUUUUAUUAAGUUUUUUAAAUAAAGAAAAGAAAGUCUGUGGAAA